GAGCCAAGCAUGACCCGGGAAGAGGCCCUGCCAGACUCCCACUCUGCUCAGGGCUUCUACAAGAACUAUGAGCCCAAGGAGAUCCUGGGCAGAGGCGUGAGCAGUGUCGUCAGGCGCUGCAUCCACAAGCCCACAGGCCAGGAGUAUGCCGUGAAGAUCAUUGACAUCACCGGCGGAGGCAACAUCAGCUCUGAGGAAGUGCAGGAGCUGCGCAAGGCCACGCUGAAGGAGGUGGACAUCCUGCAGAAGGUCUCCGGCCACCCCAACAUCAUCCAGCUGAAGGACACUUACGAGACCAACACUUUCUUCUUCUUGGUGUUUGACUUGAUGAGGCAAGGGGAGCUCUUUGAUUACCUCACCGAGAAAGUCACCCUUAGUGAGAAGGAGACCAGGAAGAUCAUGCGGGCCCUGCUGGAGGUGAUCUGCGCCCUGCACAAGCUCAACAUCGUGCACCGGGACCUGAAACCUGAGAACAUUCUCUUAGACGACGACAGGAACAUCAAGCUCACAGACUUCGGCUUCUCCUGCCAGCUGCGGCCGGGAGAGAGGCUGCGAGAGGUCUGUGGAACGCCCAUUUACCUGGCCCCUGAGAUCAUCGCGUGCUCCAUGAACGAUGACCACCCAGGCUAUGGGAAGGAGGUGGACAUGUGGAGCACCGGCGUCAUCAUGUACACCCUGUUGGCCGGCUCUCCGCCCUUCUGGCACCGGAAGCAGAUGCUGAUGCUGAGGAUGAUCAUGAGCGGCAACUACCAGUUUGGCUCACCUGAAUGGGACGACUACUCGGACACGGUGAAGGACUUGAUCUCCCGCUUCCUGGUGGUGAGUCCCCAGAGCCGCUGCACCGCGGAGGAAGCCCUGGCUCACCCCUUCUUCCAGCAGUACGUGGUGGAGGAAGUGCGUCACUUCAGCCCCCGUGGCAAGUUCAAGGUGAUCGCGCUGACCGUGCUGGCCUCGGUGCGGAUCUAUUACCAAUACCGCCGUGUCAAGCCAGUGAGUCGGGACAUCGUCAUCCGCGACCCGUACGCGCUGCGGCCACUGCGCCGCCUCAUUGACGCCUGCGCCUUCCGCAUCUAUGGCCACUGGGUGAAGAAGGGGCAGCAGCAGAACCGCGCAGCGCUCUUCGAGAACACCCCCAAGGCCGUGCUGCUCUCCCUGGCUGAGGACUACUGAGGCCCGCGGGGUCCGGGAUAGAGCUAGGGGACUGCGCAGGGGGG